GUCUGUUCUGUUCGUUUGUUGGUCUGUUCCUUUGAAGACAAUAUGGAGGUACCGUCAGAAGCAUCAUACUAUUUACAUUGAGGUGAAAUCGCAAGUUUUGGCAAAGUUGAGCCAAGAUCCUUUACAACAAGGAUGACGGCUCGAUCUAGCCGAUGUCCCCAUUUGGCCACUAUGGGCCUCAUGGCCUCCAACUACGCUGAAGUGUCCAAAGACCUACAGCAGUGCCACUCGUGUGAGGUGCGAGGGGCAAACCUGUGGCUGUGUCUGUACAGGGACUGUCUACGAGUGGGUUGUGGAGACUCGGGACAAGAUCACAGCCAGUCACACUUCCAGAAACAGCCGCAGCACUGCGUACACCUGAACCUGUCCACCUUCCGUCUGUGGUGCUAUGUGUGUGACGUGGAGGUGGUGAUAGAGCCACCUGUCGGCCCCUGUAGUAGUAGACUACGCUACGGUGACUCACUGGACGAAGACUCGGACGACAACACUUGUGCUACUGACGACAACGCUAAACCCACUGGGCUUACUGGUUUGCAGAACAUAGGAAACACAUGUUACAUGAACGCAGCUUUGCAAGCGCUCUCCAACACACCUCCGCUUACGAGGUAUUUCCUGGAGUGUGGGGCCGUAGUACUGGGAGGUAAUGAGGCGGGUCGUAAGCCUCCCAACCUGAGCCGUUCUUACUUGCGUCUCAUGCAAGACAUGUGGCACAGGCGACGACUCGGCUACGUGGCUCCCAACGCCAUACUCUACGGCAUCAGAAAUGCCCACCCGAUGUUCCGUGGAUAUCACCAGCACGACACGCAGGAGUUCUUGAGGUGCUUCAUGGACCAACUCCACGAGGAACUCAAGGUCCCGUACAUACAGCCUCCCAUGCCACAUAACACCAGGCAUUCUUUUCAAGUGAGACGAGUAUCAAGCCUAGACGAGCUGUCGGAAGAGGAAGGCGGGAGUGGAGUGGGGAUGAUGGAGGGGGAGGGUGGAGGAGCCAGCAGCCAGUCGGAGGGAGAGGAGUACGAGACUUGUGACUCUGGUGUGAGUGAACGUAGCUCACUCAGCGAUGAGGGGAGCACCAAGCAUGCAGGUCCCUUGUCCAGGUCUCCUUCGCCCACACAGGACAUCCAGAUGUCAUCCUUGGCUCCUCACAACUUUCACACUUCACACGUGUCGCCUACGAGAGGGAGCCACCGUAGAAAGCAGCAGGUGAAGUACCGCAGCAUCAUCUCGGACGUGUUUGAUGGCAAGUUGCUUAGCUCGGUGCAGUGUCUCACGUGCAACAGGAUAUCUACCAGGAUGGAGACUUUUCAGGACCUAUCGCUACCAAUACCCAGCAAGGACCAUCUCACCAUGCUGCAUCAGGGGUCUGUCAACAUAGCCAAGUGUGCGGAACUCUACUCCACUGACCAGGGUUGGCUGUCCUGGCUAUGGGAGUGGGUCUGUAGUCUCUUCUGGGGCCCUACAGUGGGUCUACACGACUGUCUUGCUGCAUUCUUCAGUGCAGACGAACUCAAGGGCGAUAAUAUGUACAGUUGUGAGAAGUGUAACAAGCUGCGUAACGGAGUCAAGUUCUCCAAGGUGCUGGAGCUGCCGGAGGUGUUGUGUAUUCAUCUGAAGAGGUUCCGUCAUGAGCUCAUGUUCUCCUCUAAGAUCAACAACUAUGUUACAUUCCCUCUAGAAGACUUGGAUCUCAAACCUUACCUGCAUAAAGAUUGUAAGUCUAAAGUGACGACAUACAACCUGAUCUCUGUGAUAUGUCAUCACGGCGCGGCCGGCAGCGGUGGUCACUACACGUGCUACUCUCUCAAUGAACAGUAUAACCAGUGGUACGAGUUUGACGACCAGUGCGUCACCCUAGUAAGGCCAGAGACCGUCAGGAACUGUGAGGCAUACGUGCUUUUCUACAGGAAGGCCAGUCGAGAAAUGAGUGAACAACGAGAUCACAUACUACAGCUGUACAAGAAGACGUCGUCCAUGGAGGACAUGUACGUGGUGUCCAAGGCUUGGCUCACAAGGUUCUACACUUUCACGGAGCCUGGUCCCAUAGACAACACAGAUCUGUUGUGUCGUCAUAACCACUUACUGUCCGGACGUGACCAUUACCUCUCCACCAUGUUGACCUACGUGCCUGCCAGCGUAUGGCACCACCUCUAUAACAUCUAUGGGGGAGGACCCACCUGUGCCAAGGAGCAGUUGAGGCAAUGUACAGUCUGUGUGCAAGAGACUGGACAUCGACCUGACAUUGAGUUGAGGGAAUUUACUAGGCUGGGACAGGUUCAGUCGACAGGCCAUUACUUCGCCAUCGCCAUUGGUUGGUAUUCCCAGUGGGAGAACUAUGUGAAAGGCCAAACUUCGGAAGCUCCAGGACCCAUUGAUAACUCUCCUCUUACCACCUACGACCCUAGCCUUACUCUUGAUAAGGACUAUGUACAUGUGACUGUUGACCAGUGGGCUCUUCUACACAGGAUAUACGAGGGAGGCCCUGAAGUUCGGGUACAAGAACCCCAAGCUGCACCUGCUCUACCGGCUAAUGAAGAUCCUCCCAAUACAAUGGAAAGAACCUCUACAUUUGAAGAGACGUUCAACAUGAAUGAAUCUAUAGAUGAAGAGUGUUUUAACAUCAGUAUGAAAAUUAAUCAACACCCUUUGCGAAAACUAAAGAAGAUUGUAGCUCGGAGGAAAAGGAGAAAAUAUUGGCUUAACACCAAACGAACUACUCUUAAAAAACAAGACCUGCGGCAGACUGGAGUCAUCCUCAAGAGAUGCAGACGGAGAGAGGCGAUGGCUUCAGACAUUCUGAGUCACAGAUGAUCCAGCUCAGCGGAGCCCCCAAAGAGGAGAUUGUCCGCUCCGUCUCUCUCUCCGAUGUUCGCAUCUCCGGAGACGGAGAGCCCCAGACUAUGUGUUGACUCACUCUCCUCCCCCUCAACAAGAUACCAUGAUUCUAGACUGAUAUUUAUUGGAGUUCACAUUAAUUGUAAGCUUUAAAAAUUGUGAAUAAUGAACCAUAAAAAUUACACAGUGUUGACUGAUAUAUUUUUAUUUUGGCUUUUAAUAUUGUUCGCACGAACAGCUUUGAGUAUUUCUUAAGUCUAAGCAUGUUGUCUCAUGUAAGUCACUUGGUUGUCUCGAGUGUACUGUUCUAAACCAAAUACAUUCUUCUAGAUUUAUUUGUGUAUUUUAAAUAUAUUUAAUAAUGUAUUGAAUCGUGCUGGUUUUGGAAAUGUAACUUCACGGUUUUGUUAUUGUUAUUAAUUGUGUAGUAUUUCUAAAUCAUAAAUAAACUAUAUUUUUGUUUGUUUUUCAAAUAUA